AUGAAAGGAGCCGCAGCGCGCUGCGUGCGCUACGCGACCUGCCACCUGACCACUGACGUCGCAUCGCGGCUGUAUACUGUAACCAGACGUUCAAAGUCUGGAGAAUCGAAACGCACGCGGCAAACCUAUUCACGUAACCAGACGCUGGAACUCGAAAAGGAAUUCCACUACAAUAAGUACUUGACCAAGGAAACGAAGACAGGAAAUUUCUGA